GUCUUCCUCGACUUCAAUACUCCGGCGAUGAGGAGACGAAAACUUCAGGGCUUGAAAUCCCAGAUUGGAAACCCGGGGACUCUGCUCCAUCUUCUCCGAGGGAAAGUCUGCCGACGCUAGCGAUGACGCCUCCAAACUUUCCUUUCCCACCACAUUCCACUGUUUCCCCGUAACCCCACACCCCGAUUGACAACUUGCAGUGGCAUGAGUUUUCACAGGUAAGCUCAAGUUUGGAAGGCGAAACAGAGCAUCACAAGGGCUUCAGGUCUCCGGGAUACCUUCCUUUCAUGCUGGCCUGAUGAUAGCUUCAUCCCACCAUGGGUAAAGUAUAUCAGUCUCUUGUUUCGCUGCUCACUCCUCAGUAACUUCUACUUCUUCGGAACAGUUUUUCUCUCCAUUCUUAAUCAUGGGUAGUAUCGCCAUUGAACCAUCAACCGCCGUCCCCUCUUCGGAACGUGUUGAACCUGGGUCAUUCCCUUUGAUAUCUGCGAAACUCCCUACUGUCGACGACUCUAGUCCUGUUGACGUUGACGAUGUGGCUGCCAAAUGGGUUGAAGCUUUCAACAAGAGUAUCGGAUCUGCAGACCUUUCUGCUAUCUCUGAAGUCUUUCUCGACGAAUCAUAUUGGCGAGAUCAGCUUUGCCUCUCCUGGGACAUGCACACUCUUCAUGGUCCCCAGAAGAUUGUCGAAUUGCUGAAAAAGUCAGAGAAAGGAUGCAGAAUCAAAUCUCUGGCACUCGACAAGUCUUCUCACAUUCGAUCUCCGAAGACCGCUAAGCUUGGCAUUGAAGCUAAGAUUCCGAAUGUGCAAGCAUUUUUGACUGUCAAGACUGAUGUUGGAAAUGGACAAGGCCUUGUACGGCUGGUGAAUCAAGAUGGACAGUGGAAAGCCUUCAUCCUUUUCACCUUCCUGAAAGAAUUGACUGGGUUUGAAGAGAUUUCGGGCAGGAAACGGCCUCUUGGAGCUGAGCAUGGAGGGCAUACUUCCAAGCAGAAUUGGCUGGACAAAAGAAAGACAGAGGAAAGUUUCGAAAGCGAAGAGCCCACAGUUCUGAUCGUCGGCGCUGGACAAGCCGGACUUUGCUCUGCUGCAAGACUCAAAAUGCUUGGCAUCAAGUCGUUGAUUGUCGAUCGUGAAGAACGAAUUGGAGAUAAUUGGAGGUCAAGGUAUCAUCGCCUUUGUUUGCAUGAUGCAGUAUGGUUCGACCACUUACCGUACCUCUCAUUUCCGGAGACUUGGCCCAUCUUCACACCAAAAGACAAACUUGGAGAUUGGUUCGAAUCAUACGUCAAAUUGUUGGACUUGAAUGCAUGGGUCCGGACGACUCUUGUCAAGUCAUCUUGGGAUGAUGCCAGUGGAAACUGGACUGUCUCGCUUGAGCGCAAGAUAGGAGACUCAAUCGAGACUCGUGUUGUACAUCCAAAGCAUGUUAUUUUGGCGACUGGUCAUUCAGGAGAAGCAAACUUCCCCAUCAUCAAUGGAAUGUCGUCUUUCAAAGGAAAGUUGUUCCAUUCUUCGAAGUUUCUCGGAGCUACACCAAUUGAAGAGAAGAAACGUGCUGUCAUCGUUGGUUGUUGCAAUUCUGGCCAUGAUAUCGCUCAGGACCUGUACGAAAAUGGGUACGAUGUGACCAUGGUCCAAAGAUCCACCACUUUGGUGUUGAAUUCCGAGACGAAUCUGAUGCACAUGUCUGAGCUGUAUGGUGAAGGCUCACCACAAACAGCGGAUGCUGAUGUUAUUAAUUGGAGUACUCCACUACCGGUUGUGAAAACCCUGAAUAUCGACAUGACCAAGAUCCAGGAAAAGGAGGAUUCUGCAACUCUUCGAGGUCUCGAGAAGGCCGGAUUCAAGCUCGAUAGUGGACCCGACAAAUCUGGCCUCUGGAUCAAGUAUCUUCAGCGUGGUGGAGGGUACUAUAUCGAUGUUGGAUGCAGUCAAUUGAUAAUCGAUGGAAAGAUCAAGGUCAAGCAGGGUUGUGAGAUCAGCGAAAUCGUUCCAGAUGGUGUUGUAUUUUCGGAUGGCCAGAAGCUCGAAGCAGAUGAGAUCAUCUUUGCGACUGGAUAUCAGAAUAUGCGUACUCAAGCUCGUACAAUAUUCGGCGAUGAGUUGGCUGAGAGAGUUAAGGAUGUGUGGGGUCUGGACGAAGAGGGUGAGCUCCGUACGAUGUGGCGGAAAAGUGGUCAUCCUGGGUUCUGGUUUAUGGGUGGAAAUCUAGCAAUGUGUAGAUGGUUCUCUAGAACUCUUGCAUUGCAGAUUAAGGGUUUGGAAGAAGGUUUGUAUAAGUACGAUGAAUUGUAAGUAGAAAGGGUGGCGUAGAAGGGCAUAAGUAGAAGCGUCCCUAGACCGUCAAAGAUACUAUGACAGAAGCGAAG